UGUUUGUCUCAGAGUUGUGACGUAUGACGCUUCAGUCGCUGUAAUACGGAAUUCCCAAUUUCCUCUCCAGUCCAGUCAGCUACCGACACAGCAUAGGGCCACAACAUCUUACUGCUCGACGUCAAAAACCGACACAGAUACCUUGCUGACGGGGUUUGACGCUGCAGUAACCCUAGAUCCGCCUGCAGCACCAUCUGUGAAGUGGAGCGGUACUAAUUCCUAAACUGAUCCUCUCUGAAAGCCCUCCAGCAUGGUUGACUACAUGUGAAACAGCAGUGUUCUGGAGCCGAACAGGGAGAAGAGAGGAUUUAUCUGACACAAGCAGACCAGCAUAGAGACAUGUCAUCCAACAGGGGCCAGAACACCCAUGGGCUCAAACAGAUUGGGCUGGACCAAAUCUGGGAUGACCUGAGAGCAGGAAUACAGCAGGUCUAUACACGCCAGAGCAUGGCCAAGUCACGCUACAUGGAACUCUACACACAUGUGUAUAACUACUGUACAAGUGUACACCAGUCUAACCAGGCCAGGGGUGCUGGCAUCCCCCCUUCCAAACCCUCCAAAAAAACUGCCACAGCUGGGGGGGCUCAGUUUGUUGGACUAGAACUUUACAAAAGACUGAAGGAAUUUCUGAGGAACUACCUGACGAACCUUCUCAAGGAUGGAGAGGACCUGAUGGAUGAGAGCGUUUUGAAGUUCUACACGCAGCAGUGGGAGGACUAUCGCUUCUCCAGUAAAGUGUUAAACGGGAUCUGUGCUUAUCUCAACAGACAUUGGGUGCGCCGAGAGUGUGAUGAAGGACGAAAAGGAAUUUAUGAAAUAUACUCCCUUGCUUUGGUCACCUGGAGAGAGUGUUUAUUCAGACCACUAAACAAGCAGGUGACAAAUGCUGUGUUAAAACUCAUUGAGAAGGAGAGAAAUGGGGAGACUAUUAACACUAGACUCAUCAGCGGAGUGGUUCAGUCCUAUGUUGAGUUGGGUUUGAAUGAGGAUGAUGCGUUUGUGAAGGGGCCAACACUAUCAGUAUACAAGGAGUACUUUGAGGCACAGUUUUUGGCAGACACUGAGCGCUUCUAUACAAGGGAAAGCACAGAGUUCCUCCAGCAAAACCCUGUUACUGAAUACAUGAAAAAGGCAGAGGCUCGGUUACUGGAGGAACAGCGCCGAGUGCAGGUGUAUCUCCAUGAGAGCACACAAGACGAGCUGGCUCGCAAGUGUGAGCAGGUCCUCAUUGAGAAACACCUGGAGAUCUUCCACACGGAGUUCCAGAAUCUUCUAGACGCCGAUAAGAAUGAAGAUCUUGGUCGGAUGUACAACCUUGUUUCCCGGAUCACAGACGGAUUGGGAGAGCUCAAGAAACUCUUAGAGACUCACAUUCAUAAUCAAGGGCUGGCUGCCAUUGAAAAAUGUGGAGAUUCAGCACUCAAUGACCCCAAAAUGUAUGUGCAAACAAUCUUGGAUGUGCACAAGAAAUACAACGCUCUCGUCAUGACUGCGUUCAAUAAUGAUGCUGGUUUCGUGGCAGCUCUCGAUAAGGCCUGUGGAAGAUUCAUUAACAAUAAUGCAGUAACAAGGAUGGCGCAGUCCUCCAGCAAAUCCCCUGAGCUUUUGGCCAGAUACUGUGACUCCUUACUGAAGAAGAGUUCAAAGAAUCCUGAGGAGGCUGAGCUGGAAGAUACUCUCAACCAAGUGAUGGUGGUUUUCAAGUAUAUUGAAGACAAAGAUGUGUUUCAGAAAUUCUAUGCCAAGAUGCUGGCCAAAAGACUGGUGCAUCAGAACAGUGCCAGUGAUGACGCCGAGGCCAGUAUGAUCUCCAAACUGAAGCAAGCGUGUGGGUUUGAAUACACCUCAAAACUACAGCGCAUGUUCCAGGACAUUGGUGUCAGCAAAGACUUGAAUGAGCAAUUCAAAAAGCACCUUUCCAACUCUGAGCCAUUGGACUUGGAUUUCAGUAUCCAGGUUCUGAGCUCUGGCUCAUGGCCGUUCCAGCAGUCUUGCACAUUUGCUUUACCAUCUGAGUUGGAGCGGAGUUACCAAAGAUUUACAGCUUUUUAUGGAAGUAGGCACAGUGGACGCAAGUUGACAUGGCUUUACCACCUAUCCAAAGGGGAGCUGGUCACCAACUGCUUCAAAAACAGAUAUACCCUGCAGGCCUCCACCUUCCAGAUGGCCAUUCUGCUCCAGUUCAACACAGAGAACAACUACACUGUCCAGCAACUGGCUGACAGCACACAGAUCAAAACAGAUAUUUUGGUUCAGGUUUUGCAAAUCCUAUUGAAAUCAAAGUUGCUGGUGUUGGAGGAUGAGAAUGCAAACAUAGAUGAAAUGGAUUUCAGGCCUGAUACAUUAAUCAGACUUUUCUUGGGCUAUAAGAAUAAGAAGUUGCGGGUCAAUAUCAAUGUGCCAAUGAAGACAGAGCAAAAACAAGAGCAAGAAACAACACAUAAGAACAUUGAGGAAGACAGAAAACUCCUCAUCCAGGCUGCUAUUGUGAGAAUCAUGAAGAUGAGGAAAGUCUUAAAGCACCAACAGCUUUUGGCAGAAGUGCUUAACCAACUUUCAUCACGUUUCAAACCUCGUGUCCCUGUCAUCAAGAAAUGCAUCGACAUUUUAAUAGAGAAGGAAUAUCUGGAACGUGUGGAUGGGGAAAAAGACACCUACAGCUACUUGGCUUAGCAAUGUUCUCUAAAGUUCGGCUUCUAAACGUUACUCCUUAGACAUUUUGCCAAUGUUUCAAGGAAUAUCUACACAGUGACGCAGACUUUCUGAAGAUCUCAAGUCAUUGCUGACAAGUUGGAUGUGACACUGGACUUUUCCCUUUAAACCCAGACUGCAAAAGUGGCCAGUCUUUAAGCCCUUCAGCUGCUCAGGAUUGCCAUUUACUUUUUAAUGUGUAAAUACUGGACAUUGAACUAUACUCAUAGUGGGACCUGGAGUCAGGGUUGCAUGCUGUUACCUAUUAUGAAAAGACAAAAUACUGAUUAAAUUAUAUAAAUUAAAGUGACUUUUGGAAAACAGAGGUUUUCAAAAAGGCUUUCGUUUGCAGAUGAAAAUACCUGACAUAAAAUAAGAGGAUACUUUUCAACCACACUUGGAGUAUAAUUGUGGCUGAUUUGCUGUUUAGAGUCAUUACUUGCAUUGUUACCUGCCACGAAAAUGACAUUUCUAUAGUGCCAUUUAUUUUAUAAAUGUAAUGAAUAAACUUAAUUUUUCUUUAAGCUUU